GCUUCAGCCUCAUCUCAAGCUUGUUCUCUGCAACACCAGCCGUCCUGUACAGAACAACGACAUACCUUUGCUUCCUGUCUACUACUUCUGUAGCGAGACGAAUUCUGUUGUACAACCUAUAUCCUUUCUUACGCCAUACACCGGCUCCCCUCUUCGUCAUAUGGAUCACUAGUCCCCUGCUUCACUUGCAUCCCAACCAGUCCCCAACAUGCCAGAGUUCAACGUCUUUCGCAUCCUGGGCGAUGCCACCCACGCAACCUCCAAGCUCAUCCUGAUAUGGGCGAUACAUUCCAACCGCAGCGCCGAAGGCGUCUCGCUCCUCACCCAAAUCCUUUACAUCGUUGUCUUCGGUACCCGCUAUCUCGAUGUCUUCAAACCCCAUCUGACCGACUGGCACUCCAAGUGGAAUUUUGUCCUCAAGAUCGCAUACAUCACUACCUCUUGCUACAUCGUCUUCCUCAUGAUGCGCGUCUUUGCUCGAACGCGUGAGCGUGAGAAGGCGUGGAAGCUCGGCGGAUACUCCUUCAUCGGCUCCGCCGUAACAGCCCCUUUUAUCUACAUGAUAUUCAGUAAAUUCGCAAAGGGUCACGGUAUCCUUGAGAUCCUCUGGACAUUCUCCGAAGAGCUCGAAGCGUUCUGCAUACUCCCGCAGCUCGUUCUACUGCGUCAAACGACUGUGCCCACGGUGAUCGACUCUUUCUACCUCGUCACGCUCGGCUCUUACCGCGCGCUCUACAUCUUGAACUGGAUCAUGCGAUACGCAAAAGAAGGCGAUGUCAACCCGGUAUCCUGGAUCUUCGGCAUUAUUCAGGUCGCGUUCUACGUCGACUUUGCGUGGGUAUACUGGACGAGACAGAGGGUGAAGCUACGUGCUGGGGGAGUUGUGGACUCGGAAGAUUUGAGUAGGGGUUGGCUGAUUGGCAAGCUUGUGGGCAAUCGCAAGAGCGCAGACUUUGAUGAGGAUGAAGAGGCCCAAUCCGAUCCGGAGGCACAGACCGGGCCGCGACGCGCUGGACGCUGGGGUGCCAGAGGGAUCUCGAUCUCGGCGGAUGACGGUGUUCAUGAUGUGCAUAAAGAUGCGGAGAGACAGCCGCUCGCAGACCCAGAUGCUUUUGAGGACGAGAGCGACGGUGAAGCCGAACCAGCGACGAAACAGCAAGAUCCAGUACCCGAAGUUGGCAGUGGCGCUGAGUGGCGAGAAGGAGAUGGUAAAUAG